GUCAUGAAUUGUGUUCUACAUUUACAGGAUGGAUAUAACUCUUUAUUAAUCCCGCGCUUUAGCGCCCUUGAAUUCUUUAAAAAUCUUAUCCAGCCGUACAAACUGUUAUGAGUUCUUCGAAUUGCAAUGUUGAGCCCUUACAAAAAAGUUGGAAAGAUCCAAGUAAGCAUGAGUUACGCAGAGACCACAGUGCGUCUAACGUGGGAUGGAUGUCGGGAAAGAAUAAGUUUGUGAAACGAGAAAGUAGUUUAUCCGAGAAGCAAGGGGCAUCAUGGUUGAGACGGAUGAGCGGAUUCCUGCAGAAGCGACUUUCAAGCCCAGGUUACAACCAUUCCUACGCAAGUCCAAGUUCAUCAGUGGCUGUAUCUGAAGCGCUCAAAAAUAUUCCUGAAGGAGACUUCAUCCGACGAUAUAUUAACGGUGAACGGCGCGGAACACAACCCGAAGUUAUCUGCAGUCCUCAAGGAACUGGCCUACCAUCUGUGGAGAUCGGCAAAUUGUCAGUCAAAAUAAUCGCUGCCGAUACGGGACCCGGUCCGGGCGUUACUGCCGUAGGAUUGAAAUCCCGGAAUUUAUCGACCCAUGAGAAUGACUUGGAAUUCAUCGAUGGAUGUGAUUCUGACGAUGAAGUCUUUGUUGACGCCCAUUCGUCGCUUGGAAGAAACUGUGAAGAGGUAGUCGUCGAGAAAGAGAAGGUGACGAAGCCUGCCAUCCCAAUCGCCGGAGUAUCGAACUGGGCCCUACCUGCUCCGUUCGCCUGCGGAAUAUCCGUUACUUUGUACGAAUCCAAUCCGUACACUGGAGAACAUGCUGGUGAUCCGAUUGCGGAUGCGUAUGCUGUUGUAGCCCGAGAGAAUUCCGCGCUUCUUGCGCUCGGUGAUGGAGUCAAUUGGGGAGAGAAAGCGUCGCUGGCAUCAAAAUGUGCAGUUCAUGGCUGUAUCGAUUAUUUGAAUCGAGCUUUCUAUGCAUUUGAUAAUCCGACAGUCACAACGAGUGAUGUCUUCCGUGGAUUACUGCGUUCGUUCUACGCGGCACAUGACUUGAUCCUUAUGGAAGGCGGAAUGCUCACGACAUUGACCGUGGCGAUGGUUCUUCCGACCACCAACUCUGACGAAUACGUCGUUUGUUCCUGCAACGUGGGAGAUAGUCUCGCUUACGUCUAUUCACCUUCGCACGGGGUUCGCGAGCUGACUGAAGGUUCGCACGACGUGAAUGCCAUGCGAGACAUGCGGGAUGCUCUGGGUGCAUUGGGACCCGUGAAUGGAACGACCCCCGAGUUGGGUAACCUGACUUGUGCCAUGACGAUCGUCAAGAAAGGCGAUAUUGUUUUCAUCACGAGUGACGGGGUCUCGGACAACUUUGAUCCCGUGGUUGGAAAGUUCGCCGUGGCCCGGACAGUGUCGAAGAAGGAUAAAAAUGACCUGGAGAAGCGCAAGAGUACUGUUGGACGUCACGGACAUUUGGAGGGUGACGGAGAUUCAACCCUCCCGGUCUUGGACGCGAUUAACCGCUACGAAUUGACGCUCUUGAGGAUGGACGACAUUUUGAAGCACGGAUUGUCAUCUGCUGAGCCGGGGGACAAAUUAUCGGAUGGUUCUCCCAGUGCGCAAAUGUUGUGCCGUAAUUUUAUCGACUUUUCCCGAGGAUUGACCUGCGCGAGGCGGCGCAUUCUUGAAGACCCGGACUUGUAUCCGGCGCCUGUGGAAAACGGCGGCCAAAACGAAGUGUGUCAUCAAGAGCAGAGGUUGCGCAGGAGGAAAGUUGGCGAGAAAUUGGGACAGGUCCCCGGGAAACUGGAUCAUGCAUCUGUCGUCGCCUACUGCGUUGGUUAUAGCCCUCAGGAUCAGGAUUCCCAGUGAGAAACAUCCGCGCUCUGUGUUUUUCUGAUGAUCGAACUUUGCGUUCUGAUCCUUGAUCAAGAUUUUUUAUUGCGUGUGGCUUUCCGUAAAGCUGUGGCAAACAAUCCGUAUUCGUGCCAUUAAAAAUUCAAGUUGAUUUUAAUCGUCAUUAUUCGUUGGAAUGUACCGUAACUCUUAUUGCGUCAGAAUUUCAGCUUUAGGUUAAGAAAUGACUCAGCCCGAGAUCUUGGGUCGAAAAGCAUGCGUAAUAUUUUUUCUUUCGUGGACGAUAUUGUCCCUGUUUUAUACUGUAUUUGUUUCUGUGUUCGCUUUUGAGCAAAAACCAAGGAAUCAACAAGUUUUUUUUUCCUUUCUCUUUGGAAUGAGUUGGAGAAAUGGCGAUUGAGUUAACUGAAGCCAAAUUGCAGUCUUUUACGAUGUUUCGUAUUUUAGCUUGGAGCACUUCUCGGAAGGGCCAAUGACGUGGAUUUUCGCCGGCAAUUCACAAAUUUUAGUAUGAAUAGGCGUUUUUGAACGUCAGCGAUUCAUCGAGCGAUGCCAUCGUUAGUGAUCGAAAAGAAACGAUACAAAAAUUCAGAACUUCCAUAGAGAUUAUAGAGGUUGAAUUUUUUGUCGGUUCGUUUAUAUUUUCAAGGAGGCAUUUGGUUGAUAAAUUUUAAAGUUGAGCUGCUGAAGUAUUUCUGGUUCAGAAGAGCGCUUUGAUCGCAAGCUCGCGACGGAGAAGUUUACUUUCUGCGACAUCGUGGAUAAAUAAGUGUGUGUGCUUUGGCCGUGGGAUGGUUUAAUUAUUCUGGGAAGGAAGAACCGAGAUCCUUUGCGGUAUUUUACAUUUUAUUUCAUGAUGGGUUAGUGGCCAUUUUCUGAUUACCAUCUGAAUACGCUGAAGGAACGGCAGUGAGCAACAGCAAACAAAAAACAAACACGUUCCUUUGUUUCCUCAUUGGAUGGUUCAGUUGUGCUCAGUGAGAGGAGAAAUUGCCCGAGUAGGGGAAAUCACUGACGUUGUACUUUCCCGUUCUGAAAAUGCCAUUUUUUUCAGCCGCAAAAAUCAUUCAGUUCCCUGUGGCCAUUUGCGGGAUGAAAUAUCGCUGCUGUUUCAGAUUUUCGUCCGUCGACUGACAGUAAAGGCACAUUGUUUCAAGUG